AUGACUAUCACCAACGAAGAGCAACAUCAAAUUCAAAUACCUUGCCACAAACAACUCCGUCACAAGAGUCUCCUUCAGAGCGAUGCACUCUAUCAGUAUAUACUUGAAACCAGUGUGUACCCAAGAGAGCACCAGAGCUUGAAGGAGCUACGUGAAUUGACGGAAAAACACCCUUGGAACCUCUUAGCUACACCACCUGACGAAGGACAACUUCUAAGCAUGUUACUGAAGGUGAUCAAUGCAAAGAACACCAUGGAGAUUGGCGUCUACACUGGUUACUCCUUGCUUUCCACUGCCCUCGCUCUUCCAUCUGAUGGAAAGAUCCUGGCAAUGGAUAUUAGCAGGGAAUAUUAUGAACUGGGGUUGCCUGUGAUUGAAAAGGCAGGAGUGGCUCACAAGAUUGACUUCAGAGAAGGCCCAGCACUUCCUCUUCUUGAUCAACUCAUCAAAGACGAAAAGAACAAGGGAAGCUUCGAUUUCAUCUUCGUCGAUGCUGAUAAGGAUAACUACUUGAACUAUCACAAUAGGGUGAUUGAGCUUGUGAAGAUUGGAGGAAUGAUCGCCUAUGAUAACACCCUGUGGAACGGCUCUGUGGCCGCAGCACCCGAUGCUCCUCUCUUGGAUUAUAUUAAGUAUUAUCGCGAUUUUGUUAUAGAGCUGAAUCAAGCACUUGCACUUGAUUCAAGGGUCGAGAUUUGCCAGCUUCCCGUUGGAGACGGCAUUACACUGUGCCGCCGCAUCAUCUGAUCACUCUUCUCCUUUUACCCGCAACAUACGGAAAACACGAGUUUCAACUAUGUUACCUAAUCCAUGAAAAAAAUAAUGUGUGCCUGUUUGGAUGAAUUUGAAUUUUUGUCUUGUACGCGAAUACAUUCAUAACGUGUCUCUUGCUCAACACAAAGCACAUGUAUUCAUUCCGAAUCAUAUUUACUAUAUAUUUAUAUAUAGUGUGUAUUGGAGUAAUAAUAAGCUCAACUAUAUAUAAUAUGGUGGCAUGGAUCUUCUUUC